AUCAUUCUUUAAACUGUUCAGUGGUGGUGCCAUCAACUUCAGACAACUGAAAACGGGGAAGAAAACUUUACACAAAAUUACAAACACUAUAAAUAAAAAUAUCAACCAAAACAUAGUUGCAGAACUUUUGCAUGACGAGAGUGAAUCUGACUCAAGAGGAACAAAGGCAACGAACAAAUGGUUCCAGAAAGCCCAAGGAUGACUUCAUUUUCUUUGAUGAUGCUCUGCCUGUUCUACAUGGCCAGCAACAGCCAACCUCAAUGUCUCAAAGAAUAUUUUGAUGAUGCUGACUUCUCGAUCCGUGUAAGAGACCACGUUAAAAUGACAUAUUUGGAUUGUGUCCCUCUUAAAUAUCAGUUAACUUAUCCAGAAAACAUAGUGACCAUCCCAUAUAAAAAGAUUUGGUUCAGUGGAGAUCCAACAAAUGCUGUAAAUGUUAAAAAUGUAGUUGCUGUGGAACCCACGAAAACAGACAGUUUGGCACUAAAAGAUUUGACACUUGGAGAGCACGAGUUUGGCUUCAAACUGGAAUGGGGGUGUAAUCAAUCAUAUGUGUUUCCUAAGAGGGUUCGCAUCUCAGUUUCUGAGAUGACCAAAAGACCAACUGUUCUUGCUAACCUCAUGGUGGAAGGAGAAACAACCUCACUCCAUUGCCUAGCUGCUUCAUUAUGCCUUAAGACACCUAAAAUCCAAUGGAAGUGGCCCAAUGGAAGCAUUAUAGCACCUGAAAGUAGUGAUUUGUUUCUUUCGGGUAUCAGUAACAUAAACAUUACACCCACAGCAGAUGACGACAACAGCAACAUCACAUGUGAGGCUCAUUAUGGAGACAAGAUUCUUGAAAAAACGAUCACCUUGACAGUUAAUUAUUCACCUAAAAUCCUCGAUGUUUCCCAGUGUGUAGUUGAAGGAAUGCUUCUGGUUUGCGUGUGCAUCAGCCAGGGGAAUCCACUGCCACAAAUCAGCUGGGAUUUGGCCUCUGUCACUGACUACUCUGUCGCCAACUCCAGCAGCAUUCACACUGUGAACAGUAUCUUAACCAUGUCUGCGUCCAACUACCAUAACUCCACUGUAAAAUGCAUCAGUGUCAAUGAACUGGGCCGUGCUGGAAAGACAAUUCCCCUUCAGACGUUCCCUGGUCUGAAGAAAUUUGAAGCAACAAUUCCCUGGAUAAUAAUCAGUGGUUCCUCAAUUUUGAACCUGAUCUUCCUCACUCUGAUGAUCUGCAUAUAUAAACGGGCGGAAAGUGAAAAGAGGAAAUACUAUGAAGAAACAAACACAUAUGCUUCCUUGAACAAAGCAGAUGUGCAGGAGGAGUACAGUGUUAUUUCACCACGCCCAACAUGAACCAUUAAUGGCAUACUGUGGUUUCUCUUUCUAUGAUUUUAAUGUUGUGUGCAUAGCGUAUAGUAUGUGUGACUAUAGAUGUAUUAUAUGGUCACACACUGAUUUUUCUGUUAAAUUUAACUUUGUAUGUCUAAUGUUCUCUAUCUCAGGUUACAUAUUUGGACUGCAAGCAAAUAAUUUUUAUAUGAGGGGAAGUCACGUACCCGUGCAGUUACCAAAACCACCAAUGAAUCAAAGCAAUAUAUCCACAGACUGUAUCACUCACAGAAUAAAGUAUGAAGCUCAUUGUGUACACACAUCUGUAUUAUGGUAUCAUUGACUUUUCUUCUCCAAACUAAAACUCUUAACCACUUAUUGUGACGUUUGGUCAAA